AUGGCACCCCCUUCGGGUCUGCACCACUCGGCCGUUCCCUCCGAUUUCGAGACGCCGUAUCCGCCGCUGGUGCGGUCAUCCACCGUGCCCGCCAGCCUCAGGUCGCACCGCGCCGAUCCGUCGCACUUGGCGCCCGAGGACGCCUACGCGCCCCUCUCGCCGCAUCGCCAUCCGGGCGCCUACGUUCGCGGCGGAGAUGGCUCUGGCACAGAUGCCCGCCCACGCCGCGUCCGGCGCGACGACACCAGCCGGAGUCGCAGCAGGAGGCGCAAACGCUUCCAAAAGCUUCUGUGGGUGAAGCAGUCAUACCCCGACAACUACACCGACCAGGCUACCUUCCUCGAAAACCUGCAGCGGAACCCCCGGGUCCGCCCGUACGACUUUUGGCCCCUGGUGGCCGACUCGACAGUGAUCGUGCAGCAUGUCUGUUCCGUGAUCAUAUUCGUCGUGUGCUUUGUCGGCAUCUUUCAAGAGCGCGUCAGUCCCGUGUCCGUAGUCGGCUGGGGCAGCUUCGCUACUUUCCUCGGCUGGCUGUUAUGGGAUUGGUGGGUCAGCCACGAGACGCACGAAGGAUCCGGGGAUGAUGGUGCGAGGGGUCGCAUCAUGCGUGGUGGUAGCCGCACAUAUAGAGAAUACCGCCCGCCUCUGCAGCAGGACUCGUCGGGGCUCGGCCAGUCGAUGCCGAACGUCAGUACCGUCAGCAUCUCGAGCACGUCCAACCUGCCGUCGGCAACGAGCUCGACAUCCAACCUCCUCCAGGACCAGCUCCCUCCCCAUCGGCCCCUCCAAGCGCCCAGCAGCGCCGCCGGCAGCAGCACCCUCCUCGUCCCGGGCCACGCGCCCUCCCGCUCCGUCAGCUCCGUCAACUCGAUCGCCUCGCAAGGGACGAACCCCAACAGCCCCACCACCACCACAACCACAACCCACCGGCUAGGCCCGGACGGCCCGGACCAGCCGCCCACGCCGUCCCCCACAGCGCGCAACAGCCGGGCCUACGUCCGCGUCAGCACCAUCAAGUCGGCCAUCCUCAUCUACUUCACGCUGCUCGGCCUGUCGCCCAUCCUCAAAUCCCUCACCCGGUCGACCUCGUCCGACAGCAUCUGGGCCAUGUCCUUCUGGCUGCUGGUCAUCAACAUCUUCUUCUUCGACUACUCGGGCAGCAGCUGGGUUGGCAGCGGCAGCGGCGGCGGCGGCGGCACCCGCGGCAAGCGCAUGCCGGUGGCGUCGCUGUCGACCAACGCGGCGCUGAUGGCGUCGACCGUGCUGGCCAGCCGGCUGCCCAGCACGGGCCAGGUCUUCAGCCUGACGCUGUUCAGCAUCGAGGUGUUCGGCCUGUUCCCCGUGUUCCGGCAGUACGCGCGGCACCGCAGCCGGCGCUACCACGUCUCGCUCACCGUGCUGCUCGUGCUCGGCGCCGGCGCCGGCGUCGGCAUGGUCCUGGGCGACGACGACGCCGGCGGCUGGCCGUGGAAGAGGGGCCUGCUGGGCAUGCUGGUCGGCUGUCUGAUCGCCGUGCUGGCCAUGGGCGGCUGCGCCUGGUGGCUGAUUGGGCUGCAGAAGUACAAGAAUGAGAUCUAUGGGCCUUGGGAUCCGGCCAGGCCGAUUAUUAUUAGUCGGAGACACUGGGAUGAUGAUUAGGGAAGGGUAGUUGUUGUCAUUGUUGUGGUGUUGAAUCAAUUGCUGUUCACAAUGUGUUGAUGGCACUUGUAUCCGUCAUGAUUGGGCUUACGAGUCCAAAGCGGUUCAGGCUCACUUGCUUGGUCAUCCUUCGUCCACUCAACUUCCUGACCGCAACUGUAGUAUAUAAGGUAACUCAGACCUGCGGGUAGCAGCUACUGCGGCGCGUCCCACGGCUCUCAGACCGAGGGAGCAAUUGCCCGCAGAGUCGUGCCAC